AGACAUGGACAGCAUACGAGGGACAGGAAAACAAACAUAUGAACUAUGAAAUAAUAAGCAACAAUAAUAAUGAUGACUAAAAAUAAAUGCAGAAAAAGCAAAAAUAUGAACAAAAUAGAAUUACGAAUUACGAAGCGGUGGCAAAUCACUGGAGCAAAUCAUCUUCCUCGGGGUCUGGGCAGCCUCUCGCAAUUUUUAUACAAGGAUUUACUAGACUACUACAUGCACAUUUGUAAAGAAAUGACAGUGAUCGAGAAGAAGAAAUAAUAAAGUGUUUUUGAGUGGAAUUGUCAGGCUCAGUAGAGAGAGAAGGAAGGGAGGGAGAAGAAGGAACCCUGUCAACUCACGGCAACUGAGGCAUUUAUCUCACUCUAUCAAGCAAGGCUGCUCACCUGGCGCCAAGCACCCAUUUCUCCCUCCUUCCCAUUUAUUUUUAGUUCGGGUGCUACGUCACUCUGUCGUCUGCCUUGUACAGCGCCACGUGCGCGACGAGCGGCGAUAAAGAAUUGGAAGAAGGAGGAGUGGUGGGGACCGAACAUUAACAACAGCACAGCUGGUCGAACAGAUGUUGUCGCCACAGGUCUAAACAAACACUGGCGAGAGCGCGUGAGCGUGCAGAAAGUGGUCAACCAGGUCAUAGGUCAUGUUACACGUGCUCAGUAAACGUUAUUUCGUUUUCAUGAAACAAUUUGUAGGUAGAUCUUUUGGAUGUUUCACCGACCCAUCACCAUUCCCAUUACAAACGCCGCCAUUUUCUCGACUCUUUUGUCCCAGGGCAGUACACUUACCUAAAGGGACCUAAAGGGACUACUUUCUCCCAAUUUUUUCCCCGAGUCUUACCACCGCUUCCUAACUACUUCCGCUUGCCCCGGAUUUCCACAAUAAUUUGUCCCCGCGUGAUGAGUACGGCCCCAGCGCGCGAGGUGAGGCCACAACCCGGGUGGAGAUCACAGUGUGACGACGUCUCCCUCAACAUGCAGGUGGUUGUGGCGACUGUGGUGAUGGUGGUGACAAUGGUAUUGGCGGACCGCUAUUCAGGGAAAGUGCUGCUCGUGUCAAUGGACGGUUUCCGAUGGGACUACAUCACAAAAGUGUCCGGUCUGACCAACUUCCCGAGGAUGGCAGCUUCGGGGGUGACAGUUGAUUAUGUCAACAACACCUUCGUCACCAAGACUUUCCCUUGUCACUACACUAUUGUUACAGGGCUGUAUGAGGAGAGCCAUGGCAUCGUGGCCAACAGAAUGUACGAUCCUGCCCGCAACGCAACUUUCAACAAGUCCAGCACAGAGUCCUUCUGGUGGAAUGGAGGGGAACCUGUCUGGGUGACAGCAGGGAGACAAAAGAAGAAGUCUGGUGUUUUUUUCUGGCCUGGAAGCGAGGCUGAGAUCCGAGAACACCGACCCCAGAAAUGGUUCAAAUACAAUGAAAGUGUUCCCUAUCAUGAACGGGUGGCUACAGCUAUAGGGUGGUACAGAGAUGACAUGGACUUUGUGGCGAUGUACUUUAAUGAGCCGGAUACCACUGGUCAUAGGUACGGCCCUGACUCGCCGCAAGUAGCUGCAAAGGUUCAGGAAAUGGACAAGGUGCUUGGCAACAUCCUGGACACCAUCGACACAAAGGUCUGCGCGAUACAGUCAAUGUCAUUCGUGACAUCAGACCACGGCAUGACUAGUGUCGAUCCAGAGAAUAGGACGACAGACUUGUGGACAGUGGUGGACCACUCAAUGGUCCAGAGAGUAGUGGACAGUGGCACGGUCACCGCCAUCAUCCCAGCUGAAGGACGAGAGGAACAGUUACUGAACAGGCUAAAGAAUCUAAGUCACGUGACGGUAUACCGGAAGGAAGAGAUCCCGGAUGGCUUUCACUACAAGAAUAAUCCCCGGGUUAUGCCCAUCGUUGUGGUGGCUGACGAAGGAUGGGAGCUCACGGCGGAUAUAGAUAAUCUGAGAAAAUGGAACUCUUUGGGCAACCACGGGUACAGCAAUGAGUUGCCAUCCAUGAGACCAUCUUCUUCGCCCGGGGACCAAACUUCCACAACCGGUGUGCGGACCACCUCCAUCCGUUCUGUGGACAUCUACCCGCUGGUGUGCAAGCUGCUCAACAUCGAUGCUGCCCCUAACAACGGCAGCCUGGCCAACACAGCUCUCUUCCUCAAGUCUUCCACCAACGGUGGUGUCUCACCUUUUCUUGUUGACCGGCAACUGGCGGCGGUCCUGGCUUUCAAUGUAGCACUCGUCCUUUGGAUUCUUUGAAGGAAAAUGUUUUCAUAAUUUUGUCUAUUGUUAUUGG